CUCAUCCCAUCCAUCGCACGUCCAUCCCGCCACGCCGCCCGACAUUUAAACUGGGGUUCAUCAGCCACCGUCAACAGCGGCCACCCAACCGGGAAAGAGCGUCCCUCUUGGCAGCCUCCCAAACCGGGAAGGCGCCAGCCCCUUAAGGUUGCUUUCCGUGCUUUCCCCAAACAAAAGAGCCACUGGCCCUCGCCCUCGCCCUCGCAUCCAUGCUGGAGCUUCUCGAGGUCCCCUCUCUACUUUCUUCUUCACGAUCACGCUCUUUUCAGCCUCGACAACCUCCUCAUCGACCUCACGUCCAUCUCCACCUCACCUCCACCCUCUCCUCGUCACAUCUGUACAUCUCCCAACAGAUGUCGCCGCGGUCCGAUUUGAUUUGAUCUGAUCUUUUUUCUCACCACACACACACACUCGUUCAGUGUUUUACUGUCCUCGACACUACGUCGCCCACAUUCAUUCAUUCAUUAUCUGACCUAAUAUACACUCUCUACCUGGUCCCAUCCCAAUCGUUUUUAAUAUAGGAACUACCGCCAUCAUGAUUUCAACUCUGUUCACCGUCGCCAUUUCCCUUGCUUCUCUUUCCUAUGGAUCCGCGAUCCCCGCCGCCAGACGUGAAUCUGGUAUCUUGAGACUGCCCAUCACCGCCGCCAAAAGCGCCCUGAAGAGACAAGUCGUCAGCCCUCUCGAGAAUGUCCAGACCGGCACCCGGUAUAUGGUUGAGUUCUCCAUCGGAACUCCUCCUCAAAACCUUGCCCUCUCACUUGAUACCGGAUCAUCUGAGACCUGGGUCAACCCUCAAUGUUCGACUGCUGGUCCUCAGGCAAACAUCGAUUUGUGCAACAGCUUCCCAACUUACAGCCCAAAUGCCUCAUCGACUGCCCUGGACUUCCAACAGGUCACCACUCUCAGUUACGGAAAGGGAACGGCGAAUGUCGAUUACUACUCCGAUGUCUUCAACCUUGGAGGCGCAACUGUUACUGGUCAACAAUUCGGUGUUGCUACUUCGAGUAGUGAUCUCCCAGUUGGUUUGAUGGGUGUUGGUCCCGGUAUUGAGUUGACUGGUUACCCCAUCAUCAUUGAUACCCUUGCCACACAGGGUGUUACCAACAGCCGUGCCUUUUCUCUUGACUUGAGAAGUUAUGAGUCUCCAGAUGGUGCUAUCAUCUUCGGUGGUAUUGAUACCGCCAAGUACUCCGGCUCCUUGGAGAAGUGCCCCAUCAUCCCUGCUGCUCAGGCUCCAGACUCCUUCCCUCGUUACUGGAUCCACAUGAAGUCUGUUGGCAUCACCAAGCCAGGAGAGGUCACUUCAAAGCUUUAUGCACCAUCAUCCAGUGAUCCUCUUGGUCAACCAGUAUUCCUUGACAGUGGUGGAACUCUCAGCCGUCUCCCAACUACUCUCUUCAACGCCAUUGUUGCCGAUUUCCCAGGUGCAACCGAGGAUGGAUCUUCCGGUCUUUACCUGGUCGACUGUUCCGUCGGCGAUCAAGCUGGUACCGUUGACUUUGGAUUUGGAAACACCAUCAUCAAUGUUCCUUUCAAGGAGUUCAUCUGGCACAUUGAGGGAUUCUGUUACCUUGGUAUUGCCGCCGAUGAUGUUUCCCCAGUUCUUGGAGAUUCUUUCCUCAGAGCCGCGUUCGUCGUCUAUGAUCAAGAUAACCAGAACUUGCAUCUCGCUAAUGCUCAGAACUGCGGAACUAAUUUGGUAGCUAUCGGAACUGGUCCAGAUGCUGUUCCUUCAAUUGCUGGACAGUGCGGCGCUACAUCAACCUCCUCGUCUUCUUCAUCUUCUGCCACCAGCACCAGCUCGAGCACCAUCUCAUCCAGCAUUUCAUCCUCUGUCUCAUCUUCUAUUACAUCUUCUGUCUCGGCAUUCCCUACCAUCUCAGCAAACUCUACUGGUCUCUACCCAAUGUCGAACUACAGCUCCACCGCUGGACCAACUGCGUACCCCACCUACACAACUUCGACCGUGUACUCAACCUCCCAGUACACCGUCACCGCUUGCCCAGCCUCAGUUACCGACUGCCCUAUUGGCAAGGUCACAAAGACUGUCGUCCAGUACACCACUGUGUGCCCGGUAUCUCAAGCACCUACGAUCACCUCCAAGCCCGCCUACGACUUCCACACCACGGAGAAGACCAAGACUGUCUAUGCCACCAAGACUUAUACCAUUUCCAAGUGCGCUCCAGAGGUCAAGGAUUGUCCAUAUGGAUCAACCACCACCACAGUCACCCCAGUUUCCACUUCAGUUCACUACAUCAGCUAUGCCGUUACAACAGUUUCUGGAUACCCCGUGGCUCCUUAUGAGUUGGUCGCCCACCCAGCUCCAGUUGCACCUGUUGUUCCUAUCCAAUACCCAGUUCCUGUCAAGCCAGUCCCAACUGGUGUCAAGCCUGGAUCAUACAACCCAGUCACAACACCAGUUUCUGGUCCGGAGGUUAGCCCAGCACCAUACCCAACUGGUCCACCAGCUUCAUAUGCCCCAACCCCAGUUGCCGCCAGUGAUUUCCCCACCUACACUCCUAUUCCCAGUGGCGCAUACCUACCAACCGGGACGGGAGUUCCAUUCACCGGCGCAGCUAGCUCGAUGAAGAUCGGACACGUUUGGGCUUUCGCAACAAUUGCUUUGGGAUUUUUGGUUAUGGUUUAAAUUUAUGAGUCGGAUCGGGUUGGGGUCAUAGGAGGGGUAAUAUAGGACUCGGCUGGAUUGGUUGGCUUUUCCCUUUUUCGCUUCAUUUCAAAUUCUGCAUCAUACAUCCUCUUUAUGUCCUUUAGAUGUGACAUAUGAGGCACUGGCCAUGGGGCAAUGAAUGUAUAAUUUAAUCAAACUCGAGUGGAUUGUACGUCGAACGUGCGUUCCUUCUUUGUUAUCGGUUCUGUGUGCUGGUGCUCUCUUUUACUUGUGGUGUCGCGUUGACUCUCCCUGGUACUUUCGUUCCAGUGAAGGUAGAUAGACGGCACAUCGCUAAGCUGAAGUCAGCCUGAUAGAUUUGUCUGAGAAGCUGGGAUUGGGACUGGCAAUGCGAUUGGGAAAGAAGGGAAGGUAUUAGAGUGGAUAGAGUGAUGAAGGGUUUUGUGGUGUUGGGUUUUGGACUUGGAUUUGGACUCAGGCAUUCAACUUGGUGUGAGAGUCUUGCCUGGUUCUUGUGUCUGUCUGGGUUCGUUCGUGUGCUUUUGUUUACUUGCCCCUCUCCCCAUUGGCCUCGCUUUGCUUCUGCGAUGUGAUGCGAUCCGAUGUGAUGCGAUCCGAUGCGACCUCGAAUGUCGAGCCUUGAGUUGCAUAACUCGACCCUCCUCUCUCUCUCUCUCUCUCUCACACACACACACACACAUACACACACGCAAGUAUCACCAAGUUUGCCCAAAUGAAACAGAAACGAAUACAAAUUUUACGUAACAC